CCACGACUCACAGUCCCGGCCCCGCCCCUCGGACCGGAAGGACUUACGGCGCUUAGGGCGCCCGGCUGUCCUGUGGUGGCCUCGGUGAUGUCUUGGAUUCAAGGGCUUCCCUGGGUCCGGGGCCCUGGAGUGGAAGGGGACGUGUUUGACGAGGAAGCGGACGAGGCUCUCCUAGUGCAGCGGGAAUGGCGGAGUCACAUGCAGAGACGAGUCAAAGAGGGUUAUAGAGAUGGAGUAGAUGCUGGCAAAGCUGUUACUCUUCAACAAGGCUUCAAUCAAGGUUAUAAGGAAGGUGCAGACGUCAUUAUAAACUAUGGACAACUCAGAGGAACAUUGAGUGCUUUGCUCUCCUGGUGUCAUCUUCAUGACAGUACUUCAGCUUUGAUCAGUAAAAUAAAUAAUCUUCUGGAUGCAGUUGGCCAAUGUGAAGAGUAUGUGCUCAAACAUCUGAAAUCAAUCACUUCAGAACCCCAUGUUGUAGAUUUAUUGGACUCUGUUCAGGAUAUGAACCUUUGUCAUGUAGCUCCAGCUGAGAAAAAGAUUGAUGAAGCUAAAGACGAAAGACUCUGUAAAAAUAAUGCUGAGUUUAACAAAAACUGUAGCAAAAGUCUUAGUGGGGUAGAUUGUUCAUUUUUAGAAUGUUGUGGAACACAGGAGCAUGCACAUUCCGAAAAUCCAAGCCUCACUUGGGUUUUAGAACAGACAGCCAAUUUAGUAAAACAGCUGGGAGUAUCAGUAGAUGUACUACAGCACCUCAAACAACUAUAAAAAUUAUCCUCACUUUUCUAAUGAAAAUAACAGAACAUUUCUUAAAGCACUUUGUUCUUAAACUAACCAAAGUUUGUACUGGUUUCUACAUUGAACACUAUUUCUAGGUUAUCCUUCAUGGAAGUUUGAAAUGUCUUCAAAACUAACACUAUUAAAUAUAAUACAAGCCUUUUUUUUUCUUUGUCACUGGUAAUUUUUAUGUAAAGAAAGCUCAAGUUCUAGUUGUUAUUUUCAUUUUCAAAUUUCUGAUCCAAACCAAGCAUUUUCAGACUAAUUAGCCAAAGUUAACAGGAAUCAAACAUAUUUUGUAAGGAUCUACCUCUCCUUCCUGCUGCCAGCACCAGAUGGUUAGGAAUCAGACCAGAAUUACCACGCAUGACCUAAUGGCUGACAUUGUAAAUAGAUAGAUGCACAUAAAUAUAUAGAGAUGUGUAGGUGUAAAACUGAAGAAAUGUCGAUACUGAUGGUUAGAAACAAAAUACUAAAAUUCAUAUUAGUUUUAUGUUAAUUAAAAAGUAAGGACAUAAAAUUCUAUGAAAAAUACAGAAAAUACAUUUCGUGCUCAAGUACCUACUUAGUUCUUAACAAGUAUUUGGAGUCAGUGUUGCGUAACAAUGUGCCAGAUUAUUUCUAAACUGCAGCUUUGCUUCAUAUUCACAUAGGAAUAAAAUACUGAAACCACUGA